AUGGGUGACCGGUUUGCAGCUCGAGUAGAGGAAUAUUCGUAAGUUUGUACUUUGUGCCUGCCUUUUGUGUUCCUUUAAUAUUUCCUUAUCACCCCUGGACCUCUUUCUCUUUGGGAUGGUAAAGGCUAUUGGUCCGUCGUUAUUGGUCAGUUGCCGUUCAUGAGUGUGCCUUAUUCGUGUUGUGUGAUCUCAUGAUAGAGGUGUUUGUUUCCAUUUUGAUGUCAUCUUUAGUUUUAGGUUUAUAUUUUAGGAGUUAAUUUCUAUCUUUGUUUUGGAUAUCCCUAAUGGUGCUGGCAAGUUCUGUUUCUGAAUAGUUUUUCUCAACGAAUUUGUCUUUCAAUGCAUUUGCUCGUGUAUUAAAAUCACUUAUUUCUGAGCAGUUCCUCCGGAGUCUUAGUAAUUGACUCUUCGGAGCACUAUCUAGCCAGGGUUGGUAGUGGCAACUGCUCUUAUCUAUAGCAGUAUUCACACAUACUUUAAAAAAAAAAUUUUUGUAUGUAUAUUCCCGUUCUUGAUAAAAAUGUUGAGGUCUAAAAAGUUAAUUUGUUCCCUGCUGUAUUCGUGGGUUAGGACUGUACCUCUAUUGUUUGUGUUAAGAUUAGUAAUAAAAGAAUUCAUAUCAUCUUCAGAACCUUCCCAUAUAAAAAAAGGUCAUCAAUAUAUCUAAAAUAUGAAACUAGGUUUGCUCACCAAGCAUGGUCACUAAAAACAGCUCCAGAUUCCCAGUCGGCCAUAAAUAGAUUUGCGUAGCUGGGAGCAAACCUAGUUCCCAUAGCUGUUCCUCUUUUUUGGAGGUAAAAAGAGUUUAAAAACCAAAAAUAGUUAUUUUUAAAAAUUAUAUUGAUACCUUCUAAAAUAAAAUUAAUUUGUAUGUCAAGAAUUUGGCCCUCUCUUGUUAGGGUAUCUCUUACAGCUUGACAACCUAUAUCAUGAGGUAUGAUUGUAUACAGUGACUGAACAUCGCAAGUCACCAAUAUAAAAUUAGAUUUCCAUGUAAAAUUAUUUAAAAACUUUAAAAGAGCCAUGGAAUCUUGAAGAUAGGAUCUCAUGCAUUUGACUGAAGGCUGUAGGAGAAUAUCAAUGUAUUGAGAGAGAUUGCAUAGGAGCGAGCCUAUGCCAGACACAAUAGGCCUCCCAGGUGGUGCAGUUUCAUGUUUAUGGAAUUUGGGGAGGAAGUAUAUAACUGGGGUAACGGGAAACUUGUUAUUUAAAAAAUUGAAUUCGUGUUUAUUCAGGAUACCUGAAUUUACGCCUUUAAUUAAAAAUUGAGUUAAAAUAAUUUGUAUUUGAUGGGCUCUGAAGAGAGUUUGUCAUUUUUGUCAUUCAGUUGUCUGUGUGCCUCUUCUAUAUACAUUUGGCUAGAUUGAAUAACUAUUCCUCCACCUUUAUCUGCAGGCUUGAUUACAAUAUUUACAUCAUCCUGUAGUUCUUUUAGUGCCAACUUCUCUAUGAGUGUGAGGUUAUGAGGAUCGUAUUUGGUAUUUUUGAUUUUUUUCUAAAUCUUUUAUAACCAAUUUUUCAAACAUAGUAAGAGUAAGAGUUUUAAAAUGAGCCGGAUAAAAAGUAGAUUUUUCUCUGAGAUGUGUGUUCAUGAUAUGGUUAUUAUGGGAGGGAAUUGGGGGGAUAAAAUUGGAUUUUGAGUAUGGUUAUCUCCAAUUUUUUCGAAAAAGAAUCGUUUGAGGGUGGCUGACAACCCAUACCGAAAGUAAAGGGAAUUUAAUUUGCUAGCACUAUAUUUAACCCUAUAACUUUCCAAGACACCAUAAAACCUGUACAUGGGGGUACUGUUCUACUCGGGAGACUUCGCUGAACACAAAUAUUAGUGUUUCAAAACAGUAAAAUGUAUUACAACGAUGAUAUCGCCAGUAAAAGUGAAGUUUUUUGUAUUUUUAAUGCACAAACAGCACUUACACAGACGAUAUUAUUGCUGUGAUACUUUUUACUGUUUUGAAACACAAAUAUUUGUGUUCAGCGAAGUCUCCCGAGUACAACAGUACCCCUCAUGUACAGGUUUUAUAGUGGUUUCAAAAGUUACAGCGUCAAAUAUAAGGCUUGUGUUUCAUUUUUUUCACAUUAAAAUUUGCCAGGUUGGUUACGUUGCCUUUGAGACCCUAUGGUAGCCCAAUAAUGAAAAUGACCCCUAUGAUGGCAUACCAUUUGCAAUAGUGGACAACCCAAGGUAUUGCAAACAGUCUUUUUUAGUAGCCACUUAGUCACAAACACUGGCCAAAAUUGGCGUUUUUUGCAUUUUUCACACACAAACAAAUACUAACGCUAACUUUGGCCAGUGUUUGUGACCAAAUGGCUACUAAAAAAGACUGGACAUACCCCAUUUGCAAUACCUUGGGUUGUCUACUAUUGCAAAUGGUAUGCCAUUAUGGGUGUAAAUUUUAUUCCUGGGCUACUGUACAGUCCCAAAGGCAACGUAACCAAUCUGGCGAUUUUCAAUUUCAAAUGUAACGUGCUAUAUUUGACCCUGUAACUUCCCAAAACGCCAUAAAACCUGUACAUAGGGGGUACUGUUUUACACGUGAGACUUUGAUGAAUACAAAUAUGUGUAUUUUAUUGCAGUAAAAGCAAACAGUAUUAUGACAUUGACAGUUAAAAUGUCAUGCAGAACUAAAAAAUUUAAAAGAAUUCUUAUUUUCUCCCAUUUUUUUCAUAUUAAAUUAUGUUUCAUAACUAAAUAUUUGAUAUUAAAUGAAAGCCCUGUUUCCCCUGAAUAAUAUGAUAUAUAAUAAGGAUGAGUGCAUUUAAUAUGAAAGAGGUGAAUUACGGUUGGACAAACAUGUAGCGCAAAUGCCAGGUUCUGUUUACAUUUUGUUUUGUUCACAACGUGUACAUUUGGCUCAGUCCUUAAGGGGUUAACAAAUUGAGAUUUUAGCCUCUCCACCGGGUGCUGGAAGAAUUAACCUGACCUUUAGUUUUUUUUGUGUUUUUCUCAAAAGCUUUAGACAUUAUAAUAACUAUGUCAGAUAUGGAAAAGAGGAGAAGAUUCCCGAUGUACCAUACUAUAUUCGGGUGACUCCAAGGGAAACCAACAAACUAAUGACAUAUGCUCGGCCACCUAGGUAAGUGUUUAUUGAGACACAGAAUGACCGACCAUAAUCCUAUAACGUUAUCCAAAUAAACCCUCAGUGUCCCCAGUAAGCCAAUGCCCUGGUUCUCUCACUGGCUGGCUGUGUACACAGGAAACCAAUGAGAGAAGAGUCACAGAUAGAGAAUGAUGUCAAUGGUCUUUCUGAGCCAACAUCACAAAUAAAUGGGGAGCACUACAGCAAGUGACUUACCAGGAAUUACCUAAUUUCCAUAAGACAUGUAUUUUAAUAUAAACAGAAGCUUUAAUGGUACAAAAUAAACUAUUUUCUGGAAUUACUGUUACCAGAAUGUAAUGUAUGUAUCAUAAAUGAUCUGAUAGUGUCAUUUAAAGCUGUGCAAUAAUGACUGAUAGAUAACGAGUGAUAGGGUAGCUGACGGACUGAAAGUGAGAUGAAAGCUGAAGAGGAAUAAUAUAAGUGACAAAAUUGGCUGAUGGAUGGAAAGGGAGAAAAGGAUAUAAUUGUUACAACUGUAUUUUAACUUUUCGUAUUUUUUUAAUUGCAGGGAACCAUUCAUUUUCUCUAAGGUAAAUCCUACAUUACUUCCAAAACAAUGCAAAACAUCUAAAAAGGCUACAAAUGCCCAAGAAAAAGAAGUAGACAAAAAAGAACUGGAAAAUGAAACAAAGUAUUCAGCAGAGUAUUGUAAACACAACGUUAUUCUACAGCCUGAACCUGUCACAUGUCUAGAGGAUAUUCCCUGUCACUUGCUGCAGGCUAGGUCUCUAGAGCCUACAGAAGUUAUCACACAUCUAGAAGACAACACUUCUCUAGAAUGCCCUGUUUCUACUAUCGAAACCUCAUACAAGUGGAUUGACAGAGGAGUUGCCAGUAAACCUUGGUCAGCCACAGUCCACUCUGGAUUGUCAACCUGA